AUGUACCAAGCAGUCGAUCUACUGCUCGACCGAGCGAAUAUUCAUGACACAAUCACAAAACUGGUACUCUAUGUCGACAUGCGCGAUUGGGACAGACUGGCACUCGAGGUGCCGGCGGACCACAUGAUUCUCGAUUAUACCUUGUUCUACGGCGGAGACCCAACAGAGGUCACGCCCAAAGAUUUGGUCGCAGCCUGGCAGCCGCUGAUUGGCGGCAUGACCGCCACGCAACACGUUCUGUCGUAUGUCUGCCGCAUGGCUACCCGGUACAGUGAUAUCUUGAUUUCGCUGCCCCAACCAGGGCAUGCUGAAGAUGUAGACAAAGCAUCUGUCAUCGCCAACGUGAGGGUCCGGUUGGUCAAGAAAGGAGCUCAAGGGGGAGAUGUCAAUACAAGCGGAGGACGAUACGAGAUCGAUUUGAUCAAGCGAGCCAGUCAUGACGGUAACCCGUGGCGGAUCUCGCGUUUCAAGGCAGUUCCUAUCUGGUAUGAUGGGAAUAUCAAAAUUCUGACUUCUAAUCCCGAAAAGAUCAUGAUGCCAACUUGA